AUGGAUUCAGACGAUUCAGAUAAUUACGAUCAAGAAUUUUGGGAGUUGGUUGAAGAAGAAUUUAUGGACGACAAUGAUGAAGAACAAGAGGUUCAAAAUGAACUUCAAUCUGGAAGUUCCUCUAGGCCAAAGAGAAGAACAACGAUAGAUCGAGGUCGUGGAGAAGGGCAUAAUCGAUUGUUCAAUGACUAUUUCUCAGAAAAUCCAGUAUACAUAGAUGUUCAAUUCCGAAGAAGGUUCAGAAUGCAUAAGCAUGUAUUUCUUCGAAUUGUAGAUGCCCUUGGAAAUCAUGAUGAAUAUUUCCAAAUGAGGGUCGAUGCAACUGGUAAAAUGGGUCUUUCACCAUUGCAGAAAUGUACAUCUGCUAUUCGUAUGUUGGCGUAUGGGUCUACUGCUGACAUUGUAGACGAAUAUGUUCGAAUCGGUGAAAGCACUUCAAUUGAGUGCUUACAAAGAUUCGUUCAGGGCGUGAAUGCUGUAUUUGGGGCUGAGUAUUUGAGAAAGCCUAACAACACUGAUGUUGAACAUCUUUUACAAAUGGGAGAGUCACGUGGCUUUCCAAGUAUGUUGGGUUCCAUUGAUUGUAUGCAUUGGGAAUGGAAAAAUUGUCCUGUUGCAUGGAAAGGACAGUUUUGUCGAGGUGAUCAUGGUUCAAACAAUGACAUUAAUGUGCUAAAUCAAUCCAACGUGUUUAACGAUAUUUUGGAAGGACAUGCUCCCAAUGUGCAAUAUACAAUCAAUGGGACACCAUAUAACAUGGGGUAUUAUUUAGCAGAUGGUAUAUAUCCCGAGUGGGCUACAUUUGUCAAGACCAUUUCAAUACCACAGGGAGAAAAGAAAAAGUUAUUUGCUCAACAUCAAGAAUCAGCUAGAAAAGAUGUGGAGCGGGCAUUUGGAGUGCUUCAAUCUCGAUUUGCAAUUAUACGUGGCCUAGCACGUGCCUGGCACAUGGACACCCUCAAGCAUACCAUAUAUGCAUGCAUCAUAUUACACAACAUGAUUGUUGAAGACGAACGACAUACAUAUGGAGGUAAUUUUGAUUACUCUUAUGAUAAUGUGGAUGACAACAACUCAACAACCGAAACAUUUAGCGGUCCUCAUCCGAAUCUUGCAACAAGACUACAAAGAAGAGCAAGUAUUCGAGAAAAACAAGUUCAUCGUCAACUUCAAGGAGAUUUAGUCGAGUAUAUUUGA